AUGAGCGCUUUGAUUGGUGUAGUAUACUGGGGUAUUGGUGUCUCUGUCUCUGAGCCUUGUGUCGGCAUGCUUAGUCGCUACAAAUAUACUGCUGUGUACGUGCAACAUUUAACAACUGCCUGCGAACGCACUCAGUAUCAAUCACCGCGUAUAAUCGAGCAUCCAACAGAUUUGGUUGUGAAAAAGAAUGAACCUGCCACACUGAAUUGCAAAGUCGAAGGCAAACCGGAGCCGACAAUUGAAUGGUUUAAGGAUGGCGAGCCGGUCAACACAAAUGAAAAGAAAUCGCAUCGCGUGCUCUUCAAGGAUGGUGCGCUCUUCUUCUAUCGCACGAUGAUGAGCAAAAAAGAACAAGACAGUGGCGUCUAUUGGUGUGUGGCCAAGAAUCAUGUCGGCAAGGCGAUUAGUCGGAAGGCCACGCUACAAAUUGCCGUUCUACGCGAUGACUUCCGCUCACAACCGAAGGACACACGUGUGGCUAAAGGCGAAACGGCUUUAUUGGAAUGUGGUCCACCGAAAGGCACGCCCGAACCGGCGUUAAUAUGGGUGAAGGACGGCGUACCGUUGGAUGAUUUAAAAAUGAAAUCUUAUGGACCCACCUCACGUAUACGCGUCGUCGAUGGCGGCAAUUUAUUGAUCAGCAACGUGGAGCCCAUCGAUGAGGGCAACUACAAGUGCAUCGCGCAGAAUUUGGUCGGCACACGCGAGUCCAGUUAUGCUAAAUUAAUUGUACAAGUCAAGCCGUACUUCAUGAAGGAGCCGCAGGACCUCACCGCACUCUCCGGCCAAACGGUGCAGUUUCAUUGUCUCGUAGGCGGCGAUCCACCGCCGAAAAUACUAUGGAAGAAGGAGGAGGGCAACAUACCGGUGGCACGAGCGCGAAUACAACACGACGACAAAAGUUUGGAAAUCACCAACAUUUCGCCAGCCGAUGAGGGCACCUACGUGUGUGAGGCGCACAAUAGUGUCGGUCAAAUAAGUGCACGCGCCUCGCUGACAGUACACGCGCCACCCACAUUCGUUGUGAAGCCGCAAGACAAAAAGGUCGGCCUCAACGGCGUUGCGCAGUUUCCUUGCGUUGCCGAUGGCAAUCCACCGCCAUCGGUGUUCUGGACAAAAGAGGGCUCCUCGACGCUGAUGUUUCCCAACAAUUCGUACGGCCACAUGCAUGUCUCCGUCGAGGGCACACUGCAAUUGAGUGGCGUGCAAAAGGACGACGCCGGCUACUAUGUGUGCUCGGCCUUUAGCGUGGUGGACUCGACGACGAUACGGGCAUUCUUGCAGGUUACCUCUGUGGAUGACACCCCGCCUCCGAUCAUUCAAAUUGGUCCCUCAAAUCAAACGCUACCUAAAGGCAGUGUUGCCAUGUUGCCAUGUCGCGCAACAGGCAAUCCAACACCACGUGUCAAGUGGUACAAGGAUGGCACAAUGCUGCAGAAUGGCAAUCGUUAUACAAUAGUGCAGGGUGGCUCGUUGCGUAUCGAUGACUUACAACAAAGUGACUCCGGCCUAUUUACUUGCACCGCAUCGUCAGAGAGUGGAGAGACCUCAUGGUCAGCAACGUUAACGGUGGAAAAGGGCAGUUCAUCGCUGCUGCACCGCUCGGUGGACCCAAGCGCCUAUCCAGCACCGCCCGGCACACCGAAGGUGGUGAACGUCACACAACACAGCAUCGCGCUGCGUUGGUCGCGCAGCCAAGAUAAGCCGGGAGCGACUAGUCCAAUUAUCGGCUACACGGUGGAGUACUUCAGUUCGGAUCUGCAGACAGGUUGGGUGAUUGCCGCACAUCGUGUGCCUGAUCAGCAAAUAACGAUCUCCGGUUUAAAACCAGCCACAUCGUAUGUCUUUCUCGUUAGAGCUGAGAAUUCACAUGGACUGUCAGUGCCCUCCGGUCUCUCGAAUGUCAUUAAGACUUUGGGCACAGAAUCGGGUACAGUGCCGCCAAGUGAAAUAUCUGCGGCGCGUGCAGUGUUGAGUGGCAAGGUUGUCGAAUUAAUUGAUGCCGCAGCAAUUAAUUCCACCGCCGUACGUCUGGACUGGGUAAUGCACGUCAGUGUGACGGAGAAAUAUGUCGAGGGUCUUUAUAUUCGUUAUCGCGAUAUAAGCGCCAAUUCGCAGCAAUAUAAUAUUUUGACUGUGCUGAAUCCCUCGAUCGAAUCGCAUGUCGUCGGCAACUUGAAGGAAUAUACGAAAUAUGAAUUCUUCUUGGCGCCAUUCUAUCAGACGCUGGAGGGUCAACCGAGCAAUUCGAAAAUCGUGCAGACUUACGAAGAUGUGCCCUCUGCUCCGCCGGACAACAUUCAAAUUGGUAUGUACAACCUGACAGCCGGUUGGGUGCGUUGGUCACCGCCGCCGCCGCAGCAUCACAACGGCAACUUGUUGGGCUAUAAAAUCGAGGUCACAGCUGGCACUACACUGAAGGUAUUGGCAAAUAUGACUUUGAAUGCAACAACAACUUCUGUGCUACUCAAUAAUCUUACCACCGGUGCAACAUACAAUGUGAGACUAAAUUCGUACACGAAAGCCGGCGAGGGACCAUAUGCAGAGCCGGUCUCACUGUUUAUGGAUCCUACACAUUUGGUGCAUCCGCCACGCGCACACCCUAGCGGCUCGCAUAGCGGCAUAGCCGGCAGUCACGGCCAUCCCGGUGGUGCUGGUGUUGAUGGUGGUCAUUAUGCUUAUCAUCCAGCUGGCAUGCCAGACGAUGCCGCCACCACCACCACACAUCAUAAAUCAACGAAUGUUGUACAUCAAACUUGGUUUAUGGUCUUGGUGAUAGUCUUUCUGCUGGUCAUAUUCUCUGUCACGGUCGGUGUUAUGGUAUUCUUUAAACGGCGGCACAAGCUCACCAAAGAGCUGGGUCAUUUAAGUGUAGUCAGCGCCAACGAAAUCACCGCGCUGAACAUCAACGGCAAGGACAGCCUGUGGAUUGACCGCGGCUGGCGCACCACCGACACCGACAAGGAUUCCGGCUUGAGCGAAACGAAGCUGCUAUCGAAUGCGAAUAGUCAAUCGAAUUAUACGUCCGAUGGUGGCACCGACUAUGCCGAAGUGGACACGCGCAACAUGAGCACCUUCUACAACUGCCGCAAGAGUCCCGAGAAUCCAACACCGUAUGCCACGACCAUGAUUGUGGGCGCUUCUUCUACAGAGACCACCUGCAUGAAGACCUCCUCGUCGAGCACUGACCAGGAUUCGGGCACAAACUCACCGCACUCCGACGGCAAUGCACCACAGUGUGUGGGCGCUAAUGCGCCUGGUGUGCCAAUUGUGGGCAGCGGCAAGCACAACUAUCAUCCGUAUCCGCCAGAACAAUUUAAUUGGUCAGAGUUCUUGCCACCACCACCAGAGCACCCACCACCGCUGCCAAGCGGCUGCAAUGGUGGCGGCGGCGCUAACACAGGCGGCGUAAUCUACGCGCCCGGCUCACCACAAUCUUCACGCAAAAGCUCCAAGAGCGGCGGCUCCGGCAUGUCAACACAUCAGAGCGCUUUGAACUCUUCCAUACAUAGCAGCUCCUCGGGCGGUUUCUCCACGUGGGGUGUGUCACCACAAUGCGUUGCCUCACGGCCAACGGAGAAUUACUACAACAAUCCUUUGCCCUGUGUGGGCGGCUCACAGAAUCGUUACCAGAUCACACCAACCGGUCAACAUCCACCACCGCUGCCACCCUACUUUCCACCCGGUGCUGCGGGCACCGCACAACUACCGCCACGCAACAUACAUAUCCACUACCCGGCGCCAAGGCACGCAAUGAGCGAGUACCAGCCCACGGGCACACACAAUUCACGCUGCUCCAAUGGACGCGCCUGUAAUAGCUGCGAUGCGCUCGCCUCACCGCUCCAACCGCUGCCACCGCCCGGCGACGGCUGGUAUCAGCCACUACAGGCGCACAUGCCGCCCAAUGCCGGCGGCGGCGCUAAUCCCAUCUAUCAAUGUUCCUCCGAGUGUUCCGAUCAUUCGCGACAUUCACAUACGCACACACACGCGCACAGCCACGCACACGCACAUCAGCAACAUCACGGCGCACACAUGCACGCGCAUCAACAUCACGCGCACGCAACGGCGGCCGCGGCGCACGCUGGCAAUGGCAACGACACACUGCGCUCGGAGAGCAGCCAGGAGGGCGGUAAAGGCAAUUAUCGUUGUCAGAAGCAGGUGGGCGGCGGCAGUAGUAACGGCGGCUACGCGGACAUCAACGAGUCGACGGAGCGCGAGCACAUGCUAAAGAGCGUCGGUGGCGGCUGCGGCAAUGGCAACACAAGCACGCUGGGCGGCAGCUCGUCCUGCGGUUAUGAGGUGCUCGGCGAUCACCGAAAUUGCAGCGAUUGCUGCAGUAGUUCGCGCGAAGGCGACACCUGCUCGUGCAGUGAAGGCUCCUGCUUGUACGCGGAGGCGGGCGAGCCAGGUAUGCCGCCGCCAAGCAGCGCGCACCUAGGCGGUGGCGGCGACAACCGCGCUGUUAUCGCUGCUGGCAAGCUGGUGACGCAGCAGGGCAAUUGAUAUGCGGCCGGCGUGAGUGAUGUGGUUAUGUACUUUUAGUGGUUACCUACGGUGCAGCUGCCAAUCUAUGAGCAUGCUGUAGGCGUGGGCCGAUGCAACAGUGAAGGUAAUGGCAACAUCGGCGCGGCGCUAAUUUGUGAGUAGUCUAUGUAAGUGGUAUGUAAGUUGAAACUAAGCGAAUUAAGCGUAUGUUGGUGAGUAGUUAAGUAUUUAUGUAUAGUG